CCACCGCCAGCGCUAGGGUUGCUCGCCGCGCGCGAGCUCUUGCCGCAACUCAACCAUGAAGGCGAACAUCGCUUGCCCCACCACGGGGUGCCAGAAGAAGCUGGAGAUCGAUGACGACCAGAAGCUGCGUAACCUUUAUGACAAAAGGAUCUCUCAGGAGGUCCUUGGACAUCUUCUGGGUGAGGAGUUCAAGGGUUAUGUGUUCAAAAUCAUGGGUGGCUGUGACAAGCAAGGUUUCCCAAUGAAGCAAGGAGUUUUAACCAAUGGGCGUGUCCGCCUGCUGCUGCACAAGGGCACACCUUGCUUCCGUGGGAACGGGAGGCGUGAUGGUGAGCGCAGGAGAAAGUCUGUCCGUGGUUGCAUUGUCAGCCAGGACCUAUCUGUGAUUAACUUGGUUAUUGUGAAGAAGGGUGAGCAUGAUCUGCCUGGCCUGACUGACACUGAGAAGCCCAGAAUGAGGGGACCCAAGAGGGCUUCCAAGAUCAAGAAGCUCUUCAACCUUGGCGAGGUUGAUGAUGUCCGCACUUAUGUCAACACAUACCGCAGGACCUUCACUAACAAGAAGGGCAAGACGGUGAGCAAGGCUCCCAAGAUCCAGCGUCUCGUGACUCCCUUGACCCUCCAGAGGAAGCGUGCUAGAAUCGCUGACAAGAAGAAGAGGAUCAUCAAGAAGAAGUCUGAGGCCGCAGAGUACCAGAAGCUGCUUGCACAGAGACUGAAGGAGCAAAAAGAUCGCCGGAGUGAGAGCAUGGCUAAGAGGAGGUCGAAGCUCUCUUCUGCUACCAAGGCUCCUGCUGCCUCUGCUUAAA